AUGGCGCAGACGGUGCAAAAGGGCAAGCGAAAGCAGCCCAAUCCUGAACGAGACAGCUCGGACGUCACUCCGCCGCCCUCGGCGAAGAAGCCACGUGCGGCGACCGCGCGCAAGAGCACCGGAGGGCGCCUCCCGCGGGGUCGACCAAGCGGAGGCGGCGGUGGUGGUGGAGGAGGUGGUGGUGGUGGAGGAGGAGGUGGUGGUGGUGGCGGUGGUGGGGCAGGAGGCGCGCAAGCGAAGAAGCGAAGGUUCCGGCCUGGGACAGUCGCGCUGCGGGAUAUCCGCAAAUACCAGCGCAGCACGGAACUGCUCAUCCGCAAGCUGCCGUUCUCGCGGGUGGUGCGCGAGAUUGCGGUGGAUAUGACGACGGACAUGAAUGUGUACGGGGCGACGGGGCUGCGGUGGCAGAGCUCUGCGAUCAUGGCGCUGCAGGAGGCGACGGAGGCGUACUUGGUGCAUCUAUUUGAGGACGCGAAUCUGUGCGCUAUCCAUGCGAAGCGGGUGACGAUCAUGCAGCGGGACAUUCAGCUUGCGCGACGCAUAAGAGGGCCGUGGGGUGGGAUGGCAUGA